GUGUACAGUGCAGAAAUUUCGUCCAUAAACGCUGCAUUCAGCACCCGCUAUAUACUUAUAUGCUUCAAAAGUUAGAUAAGAAUAAUCUAAAGUCUGGAGUGAAAGUGUGAAACCAUAUUCACUCAGAAAACACCAACUAUAUUUGCAUAUCUGAUAUCACCAGUUUACACAGCGUAAAAGGCUACAAAUGGAAGAAAAAGUUGUGCUAAAAGAAUUGCUGCAAGAUGAGGAACCCUCCAAUCAUAGUACUAUUGGAUCUACUCUUCUGAGCUUGAGCCUGAAUAACUCUGGACCAACCAUUACCCAAAUGAGCAUGCUGAGAAUAAAGCUUGAGGAAGCGAAGAAGGAGAAUGAGAUUUUAAAGGCUACGCUGAAUCAGGUUAAUGAACACUGCACUGCUCUUAAGAAUCGCAUACUUUUUGAGAUUCAGCAGCAUCAAUUAUCUUCAUCAUCACCUCUCAAUAAAAAUCUUGACUCGCAGGGAAAUAGAAAAGAUGAGGAGAAACCAAUGCUACACACUCGACAGUUUUUGAAUAUUGGUGAGUCUUCACUUUUAGACGGCAACACAGAAGCACGUGCCUCAGCUGAAAACAUUGAAAAGAAAAUAUUAGGAAGAAACGUUGCAUGUGAUAAGUACAAUGGUGAAGGUGAAAUCAAAAGCCAAACAACAUCGCAUGAACCAAAACACACAGAAGAUCAAGCAUUAGAGGCUACUUGCAGGAGAGCUAAAGUUUCCAUAAGAGCACGAUCAGAUUUUUCUUUGAUCGGUGAUGGGUGUCAAUGGAGAAAAUAUGGACAGAAGACAGCGAAAGGAAACCCUUGUCCCCGAGCCUACUACCGUUGCAGCAUGGGAACUGCAUGUCCAGUUCGUAAGCAGGUGCAAAGGUGUUUUAAGGAUGAGACUGUUCUCAUCACAAGCUAUGAAGGGAACCAUAACCAUCCACUACCAGCAGCAGCAAGACCUUUGGCAAGCUCAACAUCAGCUGCAUUGAACAUGUUCCUUUCUGGCUCAAUCACAAGCAAUUCACAUAUCAUACCAAUACCAAAUCCACACCUCUUCUCAGCUUCUUCACCAUCCAACAUUUCCCCAACUGCUGUGGCCACUUUCUCCCAGUCUGCAACAUGUCCCACAGUAACACUGGACUUAACCCAACCCCACAAUAACUACAUGCAAUUCCAAAGAGCCACUACUACUCCAUCGUUCCCUCUUUCACUGCAUGGCCACCCUCAGGUCAAUUCUAUGCUUCCAAUAACCAUGCUAAGUACCCCAGAGAAAAACCUUGACUUGGUGGAUGUUGUGAGUGAAGCUAUAGCCAAAGAUCCUUCUCUCAAAGCAGCACUGUUUUCAGCCAUUUCCUCACUCACUGGAGAAGCACAGAACAUGAUCGAUAACCAAAGCCAACAAAGUAAGAGUGGUUAUGACCCUUGUUCUAAGAUGCCGGCAAUACCACCUCAUCAACCUUACACUACUCAGUUGAUAUAGAUCGGGUUAAUCAUAUAUAUAUAAAUAGUGUUCAAAUAUUAAUAAAUCAAAUAGAAAAUCUGGCUUGCUUGACAACAGAAGAGGUGAGAGAGAGGUAAGUUUUAUAUAUGAGAAAUCUGCGUGAAUUCACUACAUGGAAGACAUCCAUAACACUGGCUUUCGUUAGCCGUUACUUUGUAAAAUAAAUUAAUGAACAAAAAGUUUUGGCUCUUUAUCAUGUUUUUAAUUAUUAGCCUCGUCAAAUGUUAUACUAUCUGUCAAUAUAUGUUAAUCGAAAAAAUUUACAUAAAAAAAAUACUAGU